UUAGCUUAUUCUCGUUCUUUCCCUCUCUUCUCCUCCUCUUUCGACCAAAACCCGGAGCCCCAAAGUGUAUAACCUAUAUUUAUUAUAUAUAGGUAGGUAAAAGAGAGAAGCGCGCGGUGCAGCCGUGUGUCGUGAAUACGUGUUUGUAUGUCGGAGUAGGAAGGGUAUACGAUAUAUGUACGUUUUACGUACAUAACAAGUACAGCAGCAGCAGGAGCAUAUAGCCCAUGUCGGUGUGUCUGCCUCUGUUGUAGGUAUACGUACAACGUACAGCGUACAACUCUCUCGGGGCUCUCUUGUUACAUCGGCCCGCAACAACGAGAAGCACGUCCGUUCAUCGCUGCCGUCGUGUCGUGCGUGUUGAAGGAUUUCAUACAACAAGAAAGUUUUGGAGGCGCCUAUAGUGGCUGACCGAUGACGACGACGGCGAGGCGCGAGUGUGUUGCUGCGGUAUAGUAGGACCAAGUGUGUGCACGACACCAGCUGCCUCUGGGAGCGACGGAUGGCGAGGUACAAGGCCAACCAGCGAAUAUCGCAUUCAGCAGGCGUACAAUUGAGAUAGACAAAGAAAGCGAGCAUCUGUCCUGAAGGCCAUCGAACCUCAUCGUACUUGGUACGCGCACAGAAAAAAAAAGGGGGAGAAAGCAAAGUACCAUUAUCACAGCACAAGCUGGCUGACGCGUGCCCGCGUCGCAUAAACUCGUGCGCGCCGUGGAAGGCUAGGCGGGACCCUGCCAUAACCCGACAGCGAUGUGAAUGCGGGCCCCCGGUCUAGCGGGGGCCUCCGCCUUGGAUUUGGUGGUGCAGCUCCUCUCUGGGCCCGAAACAGCGAAUCCCAUACGCCGUGAUCAAAGUUUAAAGUAGACGUACCUAAAAGGAGCACAACAGCGCCGCAAACGACACCACCAACAAUAUGGAGGAGCCGGACCCAGAAACGUGGACCGCCUGGUUCUUGGACGCCAUACGCAAGAUCCGCAGUCAGAAGCAACGGCCGAGCGUCGAGCGCAUCGCCCACGCUAUCCGGCUGCAGCAUGACUUUCACGAAGAGGUCAUUGCCGAGAAUCUACAGCUGGCCGUCAAGCGCGGGGACGUGCUCAAACUCUUCAACAAGGGCCAAUCGUCCUACAAGGACCCAGGUGGUCUGCAGUCGAAGCCGCUUAAAGUGGGCCGCAACAGUGACCUGACCAAGGUGAUAAUCAAGGCGGUGCGCGAGCUCGGCGAGCGCGACGGCUCGAAUCUCAAGAGCAUCGAGAGAUACGUGCGCCAGAGCCACACUGUCGAGGAGGAGCAGGAUGGCGAUCUCAAGUUGUCCCUCAGGUUGUCGUCCAAGAGGGCAGUCGAUCGGGGCCACGUACUGCAGGAAGGUCGACUCUUCAGGCAGCCCGACCGGCCGAUACACCUCGCCAAGAAGUUCAACACCGACAACGUGCAUGACAACCUCUCGUCCAAGCUGCCAGCGCCGUUGCCGAUAUGCAGAGAGUGCCUGGGUACGACGGCCGUCAACACGAAUAAGAGCGGCAAAAAGAGCGCCCCCACCUCGGCGACCACCCCACCGAGCGCCAACAACAACAACAACAACAUCAACCCGGGAGAAAAGUCAAUAAGCCGUUGCAGCGUUUGCGGGGCUGCCCUGCACAACUCGUGCGCCCCGGCGGAACUAGCUCACCUGGUGGAGCGAGGCUCGAGCUGGUGUUGCAACGAUUGCUGCUCGGCCAAGUGCGCGGGCUGCCAACUCGAGCGUGAGUCCCAGAGUUACCUCGUCAAGUGCGCCGGGUGUCCCAAGUGUUACCACCCGGGCUGCCUCGAGCCGGCCCCCGACAAGCGCACCAAGGCCCCCUGGCGUUGCCGCGACUGUCCGCCCGUCGCCCCGGCUACGGAACAACCGACCACUCCCGUCGCGUCGUCGGCCGCCUCGUCGCCCUCCGCUGCCACGGCUGCUUCCGCCGGUGGCAAAAAGUCCGAGCCCAGGGCCGAACAGUCGCCCGGCACACCCACGAGCUCGCGCAAGAAGCUCGCCGCCACCACCAAGGACGGAGGCAAAAAGUCAGUAGCAUCCCGCAAGAGCACGUCGCUGACGACCCCGACGACACAGUCGGCGAGUACUGGAGCAACAGGCACCCCAGCCUCGCAUCUGAAGAAAAAUAGCGGCGCCUCGUCGCAGGCACAGCAGGUGGACAGCAGCUCGGACGGUAAUGCGGGUGUUGUCUCCCCUCGUCAACCAAACCCUUCCUCCUCUCCCCAAAGUCCAGCCCCAUCCUCUCACCACCACCACCACCUCGAGGAAAAGAAUGAUCGCAUCUCCAAAGAGAAGCAAAAGUUCUUUAGGCUGAGCGCCUUUAACUCCAAGCACAACAAACUGAAGCGCGCCGCCGCCGCUGCCGCUGCUGCUGCUGCCACAACUACCGUCACUACAACUUCUCCUACAACGACGACGACAAAGACAACGACGAAGACGACAAAGACGAAGACGAGCAGUAGCUGUCCGGCUUGCCCCGAUAAGCUUGCCAAGGUAGCUACUGUCAAGGUCAGAGCUGAGACGACGAGCAACCCCGCGAGGCUGUCACGAAAAGCUGCCGCAUCGAAAAAGCCGAGCGCCAGUAAUCGCAAUAGUAAGGUGCCUUCGCUGCCGAGCGACGACGAGGAGUCAAGUGCCGAAGAGAAAGAGAAGAAAGUCGUGGAAAAGGAGAAACAGAAGAAGCAGGAGAAACACAAAAAAAAGAACAAAGAGGAUCGUAAGGAAGAUGACGACGAUUGCUCGAGUGGGUCGAGCGUCGAGGAAUGCCGCUCGAGCGAGAAACCAGUGGUCGGUCGUCGACAAAAGAUGCUUCAACCAAGGAAGCCUCCUCCUCCUCCAGUCCCUCCUCCUCCUCCUCCUGUCAUUCAAUCAUGUCCUGCUGCUCCCUCCUCGUCAUCCUCGGGCAGCAGCAGUAACAGCAAGCUCACCAGCAGUAGCCUCGCCAAGGGACCCUUUGCCUGCGACCUCAGCGAAGACAAGCCCUGGGGCUUUGCAGCCGCGGCGGCCAAGCUCAGCAUCGAUUCUAGUCCCUUCUUCAGUAGCCUGAACAAUACUUUUGGCGCGACGCCGCCAAAACUCGAGCUCGACCUCAAUAUCCAGAGGUCACCGUUCGCAUCGUGCCUGAGUAGCAUCACUACUACCACUACUAACUCCACAAUCGGGAGGAAAAGCGACACGAGAGCUAACGAAAGUAAAAAACCACUAGUCCCUCUAGCCAAGCCAGAUCAAAAUAGGGAACUGCAGAGGUCGAAGCCUGGUAGCGGCCAGCUUCGGGGUCUCUUUGACGGUCUAAGUCACUUUUUCACCGCCUCGGGCAGGAGCACGAGUAGAGCUAAACCCGGUGCUCCGCCUCCAAAUUAUGCGCCAGAUCGAAGAAAAAGACAACAGCAGCAAAACGCCGCUGCGACGGAAAGCAGCGGUUGUUGCAGUAGCAGCGACGGUAGCAGCAAAAUCAAAGCUCCGCGGCUGACCAUCGGUCAGAAAAGUGCGAUUGAACCGCUGUCGCCGAAAUCCGCGCCGGUCGCGGUCACCGACAGUCCGACCAGAGGCAAAAAAGAGAUCACGAAAAUCACGAGGGUUCCGAGGCCUGGGAUUUUCACUCCUUCCGAGGAGGGCAUUGGUAGUCUGAGCGCGAGUAGUCUGUACGAGCUGACGGGCGAGAAGCCGUCGAAAAUGACGCCGUCGAAUCUCGUCAAGACGGCCGUCAAUGCCAAAAGACACGAGCACGAGAGGCGCCGAUUGCGCGGUAUAGACGGUGCCUCCCUGGUUAAGUGUGCGGUGACAGACGCUCGUAGAAAACAAAAGCAGGAGCAGCAGGAGAGCACGAGGAGAAGGCCAGUCAACGUUAAUCGCCAGUCAGAGUCUGGUGCCGCGACCUCGACCACGACUGCGACUAGUAAAACAACAACAACAACUACGACGAGUACCUUAUCAUCAUCCUCCUCAUCUGCCACUCCCAAAGCUCAUCCAAAGUCCACUCCACGAGCCUGUACUAGCGCCACUACCACCACCAACACCACCACCAACACCACGACACCCCGCGCGACACCCUGCUCCAACAGGAAGGACGAGCUGGUCUUACCUCCAACCUUGCCGCCCGGUGUUACCCAAAAGGACGUGGAAUUAUUCAAAGACGCCCGAGAACGCGCGAAUCAGCUGACUCUUGCCGAGAGUUGCGACGUAAAGGAUGGUGCAACUCCAGUGAACGUGAGUCCAGGCGGCGCAGGUACCCGGAAUCCAGCGGCCAUCGUCUUCGGCCGCUACGAGGUCGAGACUUGGUACUCUAGUCCGUUUCCUCAAGAGUACGCUAGACUACCCAAGCUCUUCUUCUGCGAGUUUUGUCUCAAGUACACCAAGAGCCGGGCUGUGCUCGACAGACACAUGGACAAAUGCAAGUGGAGGCAUCCACCUGCCACAGAAAUCUAUCGUUGCAACGGACUAUCAGUAUUUGAGAUUGACGGUAACGUAAAUAAAAUCUACUGUCAAAACCUGUGCCUCUUAGCCAAACUGUUCCUCGACCACAAGACCCUGUACUACGACGUAGAACCAUUCCUCUUCUACGCGGUGACCAAGAACGACAAACACGGUUGCCACCUGGUCGGCUACUUCAGCAAAGAGAAACACUGUCCAGCACAGCGCUACAACGUAUCCUGCAUCAUGACUCUACCUCAGUACCAGCGUCAGGGCUAUGGUCGCUUUCUCAUCGAGUUCAGUUACCUACUGUCCAAGGUCGAGGGUAUACCCGGUACCCCGGAGAAGCCACUUUCGGAUCUCGGUCGCGUCUCUUACCAUUCGUUUUGGAAAAGCGUUGUGCUCGAGUACCUGGACACACAUCGCGACGCCACAGAGCUCAAAAUCACGGACAUCACCAAGGAAACUGGUGUUUCGGGCCACGACAUCACCACGGCAAUGCAACUGUUGGGCUUCCUGCGCAACGUACCGCGCGGACCCAACGAUUCUACGAGACAGCUUGCUGUGUUGGUCGAUUGGCAGAAAGUAGAUAUACACAUGGCCAAAGUGCGCAAGAGCACCCGCAUCCAGCUGGAUCCUGACUGUCUACGCUGGAUACCGUUGCUCACGCAAUUGCCGAAUGCUUACCAAAGUCCUGAAGAGGGUGGCGACACGAGCUCCGAAACAGCUUCGCCUGAGAAGGAUCAGCCGUGCGUUAUCAAUAAACCGGUGGCGGCAAUGGCUGAGAAGGUGCAGCGCAUUAAGAUCAGAAAAAAGUUCAGAGGUCGGAAGAUAACUGGAACUCACAGGAGGACGAUGCCUCCGAAAAUGAGGACGCCGGUGCACAGGCCAAAGUUGGCAAAGGUUCAAAAAGAGAAGGAGCCAAAGUUAGCGGAUAAGAGUUCGGGAAGCAUAGCUGACACGGAAGAGGAUUUUAAUGACGUCACUGUAACAGAGGCCAAAAGUCCCGUGGUAGUGUCUAAAUCUUCAAAAACCCCUACCUCUUCUAAAACAUUUCAAAGCACAGUCAGCACAACUACCACUCCAGUAGUAACGAAUCUCACAGUGUCCCUGACCGCAACUCCAAAUGUGACUCCUGUUCAAUCGUCCAGAAGAAGCGUGAGAACAGCUAUGAAGACGCCUACGGCAGCAGCAACUGCUACACCCGCGACAGAAUCGACAGCGUUGACUACUCCCUCGAGAAAACGUAAACAUUCCGAAAAGACUGAACUCGAAGAGAAAGCAGAGGAUACCGUUGUGAGCAGAAAACGAACUCGAGAAUCGUGGCGUGACAAGGAAAAAGACAAGGAGAAAGAAGGCAAAAAGAGGGAAAAGCCGAAAGAAAAAGAAGUGAAGGAGAAGGUGAAACCUCCAGAUAAGGUUGGAAUCAAAGAAAGUGCAAGACUGAAGGAGCGUGAGGCUGCAAAGGCAUCAGAUUCGUUAGCUUCGAGACUAAGAUCGCCUCCGCCCAAAGAAUCGUCUCCCAGUAGUCCCGUGAGGGUUAAAAAGCAGACCAAAAUCGACGAAAUACUGACGAAAAUAACCACGCCAACCAGAACGUCCAAAUUCUUUCCCUCGAGAGCAAGAGAGAAGAGGGCCAGUCUUGCGCAGAGUGCCGAAGAGUCUCCGCAAAAUCACACCGCUCGAGGAGUUAAGAAAGAUGCUGUCGAAGUGUCGAAAGAAUCACCUGUAUCAUCGAGACGUGGUAGGCCAAAGGUUGACUCAAAGAUACUUAUCAAGGAGGUGGCGACAACUGCCGUUAAGACAGAUGAUCUUCCGGAGGUCGUUGCUUCUCCAAAAGUCGAUGAAAUCAAAACUAGCAAGAAGCAACUUACGAUUCCAGAUAUGUUCUCGACCGCUGCUGCUGUUACCGUUGCUUCUUCUACUUCGUUGUCAAUUACCACGCCUGUAGAUGAUUCUGCUAUCAAUAAGAGUGAUUCGCUUGAUGAUGGCCUUGUAGUAGGUACAACCUCGACUACCGUAGAUAACGAACUAACCGCGAGUCCUGGAGAGUACGAAGGAGGCGACGAGGACGAUGGUGAUGAAGAUGAAUUUGUGCCCAGGGCCAAAGUCGCUAGCGUUAUACAAUCUCUUGAUGCUGCUAUCGAAAGUGCGGAUCAAGAAAUUUUAGAGGAGAGUGAAAAGUUGAGAGCUAAGGAAUUGUUGGAAUCACGUGAGUUAUCUAAGGAUGUUGCGAUGGAAAUCGAGCCCGAAAUCACGCCAGAGAAAGUAGAAGAACCAGAAAAAGUGAUCGAGACUCUGUCAAAGUAUGAGCAAAUAAAGUCUGUGCAACCAACUCAAAUUAGUGAACCUAUGGACAUUGAACCUAUUCUAGAUACUGGUACUAACAUCGAGGUAAAUAUUGAAAAUAAAAUUCACAAACAGUCGAUGCCAAUAGAAGAUUGCAGUAAACAAGAGUCACAAAUUGAUACUUGUGAAGACGUAGUUGAACCUAAGGAAAAUUUAUCAGAAACAAAAGUUGAACCUAUACCACCUAUAUUCGUAGAAAAGAAAGAUUAUCAACCAUCUGCAAUGAGCAAUCAUCCAAGUGUGAUCGAAACGCCCGAAUGUCAGCCUGUGAUAAUGCCUCAAGAGAAAGUUGCCACUGUGAUUGCUGAUCAUCAUCACCAUGAAGUAACGCAAGUGCACUCCCACCCCGAAGAAAAGCUCCAUUCGCCAGAGAGCGGUAAAACAACACCGCAUCCUGAAAAUCCAAGUUCAGUUAAACGAACGCCUCCAUCUCAGCCAGAUCUACCAUCGAUGGGUGUGUACACGCCAGAUUCAACGACGAAUUCGGUGCAUUCUUUGCAUUAUGGUCAGUGUGAUUUGGAUGUAAGCCAGUUGGGCCUUGAAUCACCGACGUCUAUCGCGAGCGAUCUGGCUUCGCAAAACAGCGUCGAGAGGCCACCCAGUGCUCUGCCAACGAUGCAAAGUCAACAGGCACCUCAAACGGUUUCGGUGCCUUCUAUCUCUGCCGCGUCCAUACAGAUGAGCGCAGCUGUUGCAAUAAACGCGAACGUUCAACAGCAACAACAUCAACAUCACCAGCAGCAGCACCAACAAAAUAAUCUGCAUCCGGUGAACCUGCCAGCUCAACAGGUGCAGCAGCAAUAUGUUGAGUGUUCCAUGCCUCAGCAUACUCCCCCACACGUGGCUAUCCAGCAGCAUCAACAACACCAGAUGCAGCACGUGGAUAAGAACCCAUACCAUCAACAGCAGCCACUGACGCCGCAACCUCUACAGCAGCCCCGAACGCCACAAUCACAUACGCCACAGAGUUUACCGACGCAUAGUCCUCAACCAAUGCCACAACAACCGCACACGCCGCAACCGUUGUCUCAGCCUCAUACGCCACAGCCCAUAUCUCAAACUCACACACCUGUUCAGUGCCAUACACCGCAGCCUCUAACGCCUCAGCCUGUCCAAUUAUCGAUUAUUCAGCAACAGCAGCAGCAGCAGCAGCAACAGCAACAACAACAACAACAACAACAACAACAACAACAACAACAACAGGCAAGAAGUCAGGCUUUACUUCAUGCACACAGUCAACAGCAUCAGGCGCAAGCGCAGCAGCAACAGUCGGUGCAUCAUCAACAAUCCACUCAUCAGCAGCAGCAGCAGCAACAACAACAACAACAACAGGUGGCACAUCAACAACAUCAACAGGCGCAUUCUCAUAGCAGUAAACGAGCAAGUGGUUCACAAAGAUCCAGGGCGCAGCAGAGUAAGGCACAUCGAAACAAUCCACCAUCAUCGCAAGCAGCAGCAGGAGCAGUAGCAGCAGCAGUGGCAGCAGCGGUUGCAGCUCAAAGUAGCAGUCAACACGCUAGUCUUGUCGCUGCUUCACACAACAGUCACUUACCACCUCAAUAUCAACAAUCGACGUCGAUGUCAGUGACAGGCAUGGGCCAUCCUCACGCGCAUCCCAGUCAUACGGCACAUUCGCACAACAUGGCUGUAAUAUCUCAAGGUGGCAACUACAUGGCAGUAUCUCAGGCUAUGGGUUUCCCCACGCAAAACACCUAUGUGAUUCAGCAUCGAAGUGGUCGCUCGAGUACUCACACGCCAUGUACUACCGCCACGAACUUUUACAUUCAGACCGCGCCAAUGUCUCACUCGCCCGCGCCAAUGUCCCAUUCGCACACGCCAACACCUACGCUGAAUGCCAGCUCGACUAAUCACCAGACACCCAACUCGUGUAGCCUAGCUAAGCUUCAGCAACUUACCAACGGUCUGGACAUGCCGAUGCCACCGACACCACCACAGGCAAUGAAUCUCACGCCCCCGCCACCGAUACCUCACACCAUGACGCCACCUCAGCCAUCCAGGCAGCUAUCGACGCCACCGCAAGUUCCGCUCAGUUAUACCAAGAACUAUUACAACGUGAAUCCAGUGCCAUCGCCCACAACUUCGGGGCCCCCGCCACCAAGUCGCUCGGCCUCAAGGUCGUCUGCGAGCGCUUCUAUGACACCGAUACCCCAGUCUUACUCGAGCGAGAGCUUGUACCGGCAAACGCUCGACCCGAGUGGCAGCUGUCCGCAGAUGCAGAGCGCGGCGAGUCGUGUCAGUCCCAACGUUGCUCUAAACACGAACCUCAUGGCGGCCCAAGCGGCCUACGGCUACCGAGUCGCUCAGCCAACUACUGGUUACAUGAACCAGGCAGCUGCAGCAGCUCAGCUCGGUGGUUUUAUGAAUCAAGCGAGUCAGAUACCCGUUGGCGUCGUCAACGUCGCGGCACCUUACGCCCAGGAUCCGCACCAGCAGAACCCACCAACUGUAUACACGACGUAUCACGGCUACAUCAACGGCGGCCUUAUGCAGCCGUUGAAUGGAACAAUGAGGCCGCGCUAGCUCUUCCACUAGGACGAGGCCUCGAGUUGUCCGCGCUUUGCGUCCCAGCGUUCGACCAGCGCGUUCGUCGUACCUACGGUUUGUCAAAAGGACACGGGUGCCGAUAACGUAUUAUUACCUCUUCAAAAAGAUUAAUUUAAGCUCCUGUUUUUUAAUAUAGUGACUAUAGCGUCACGCAAUUUAUAUUUGUGAAUUUUAAUGCCUCGUUAUUGUUGCGUGCAUCUUGCUCUUUCCCUGGAGGAUGUAUUAGCGUUGUGUUAACGUUUUUUUCUUCAUCAACGGAUUUUUAAUGUUGUAUAGUUGUGCUGACAUCAAAUA